AUGGAAGAGCUUCCUGAUUCCAGAGAACAUACCAUACAGCGUUUCUUCUUCAACUUGUCUUCCAUCCCUAGUGAAGAGCUGAUCACGUCAGCUGAGCUCCGUGUAUUUCGAGAGCAGGUUCAAGAGCCAUUUGAAAGUGACAGCAAUGAGACUCUCCGCAUUAAUAUUUAUGAUAUUGUCAAGCCAGCUGCUGCUGCCUCCAGGGGGCCUGUCACGAGACUGUUGGACACCCGACUGAUCCAUCAUAAUGUAAGCAGAUGGGAAAGCUUUGAUGUCACACCAGCUAUUAUAAGGUGGAUUGCACACAGACAGCCCAACCAUGGCUUUGUUGUAGAAGUGACUCAUUUGGACAACGAGAAAAACCUCACUAAGAGACACGUGAGGAUCAGCAGAUCCAUACUGCCUGAUAAAGACCAAUGGUCUCAGAUAAGGCCACUUUUAGUGACUUACAGCCACGAUGGCAAAGGACUUCCUCUCCACAAAAGAGAAAAACGGCAAGCGAGGCACAGGCAAAGGAAAAGGCUCAAAUCAAGCUGUAGAAGACACCCGCUGUACGUAGACUUCAGUGACGUUGGCUGGAAUGACUGGAUUGUGGCCCCUGCUGGGUACAAUGCCUUCUACUGCCAUGGAGAAUGCCCCUUUCCACUGGCUGACCAUUUUAACUCCACAAAUCACGCAAUUGUACAGACUUUGGUGAAUUCCGUCAACCCGUCCAUCCCGAAAGCUUGUUGCGUCCCAACAGAACUGAGCGCCAUCUCAAUGCUCUACUUAGAUGAAAAUGAAAAAGUUGUGUUAAGAAACUACCAGGACAUGGUUGUGGAAGGCUGCGGGUGCCGCUAA